AUGUCAGAUAGUUCUUCAUCAUCAGGGGAGAGGAUGUUCAUCGGUAUUCCGGUGACAAACCGCGGUCAACUCCCUCCGACAGUCCUCCCACCUGGUCCCGCCGGCGGCGGCGGCACAAAGCUGAGAUUCGAGUGCCACUAUUGCCGCAGGGGCUUCGCCAGUUCCCAGGCACUGGGAGGCCACCAGAAUGCGCAUAGGAGGGAACGCCAGCGCGCCAAGCUCGCCCAGUUAUCGGCGGCCGGCGAGCACCAUCGGCGGCACGGAUUGGCUGCCCCGACAUUAUCAACGCCGUCGUCGUUUGUCGUGCUCGACGGUGUUUCCGCUUGGAAUCCGCAGAUAUGCUCGGCGGUGGUACCUUUGGGAUAUCCGGCCGCCGGAUUUCACGUCGGCAUGUCGCCGGUGGCGGCGGCUUUCCGAGCUUCGGAUUGUAGGGGUAAUAAUAUGGACGACGGGCCGGAAAACUUUGCAACAAGUUCGGAGGUUGACGGCGGAGUUGGCAUUGAUCUUCAUCUUCGACUUGCGCCACCCUGA